ACGUACUAAAAAAAAAAAAAAAAAUCAAAAUUUUAAAAUAUUCAUUAUAAACUUAACUGAAUUAAAAAUACAUUUUAUUAAAUAGCUACCUAUACAAAAUAUUGCAUUUUAAGCAACAUAGAAAUUUAUAAAAAAUAACAAAAUCACUUAUAUCUUGUUUGUAAAUUAUAAUAAUUAUGGCUUCUAUACCGCCAUCAGAUACAGAGUCCAAUGUAAGCGGUUUUAUACAGUACAGCAACAAACAUUUUAAACACUUAUACAUAUCUAUGAUCGAGAGUAUGGAGACUAUCAAUCAUGAUAUAUUGGAAAUAGAAAAGAAUUUAACAAACAUUGUGAAACAGUCGGGACCUCUAGAAAGCCAGCUGUCUGUUUUACUUCAUUCAUUACCAAAAGAAAACCUGAAUGUGUCUAUGGAAAUCGAAUAAUAUUAUUAUAACACAA